AUGGAAAUCGACUCGGAGACCUUGGAAGUCGGCCUAGAGAUUGACUUCGACAAGCUUCUCGCUUCCGACGAAAACCCCUCGGUUUAUGGUCUUCUCCUCAAAGUGUCCCGCGAGAUCGCAUAUCUUGCGUGGCGCUAUCCGCAUUGCCUCCAGCCAGAACCAAUAUGUGAGGAGUUGCAAGACCGCAACGAACCUUUUCUCGUGGGCUUCACGCCGGACCACGUCUGA